UGACAUCAUUUGACAUUUAUUUGUUGAUCAAUAGUGCUGCUAGACCGUAAUGUGUGUUUUUUAGCAUUCAUGUUUUUAAAUAAAUAUAUCAUCCUAUCACUAUGAAAUUUCAUCGUGAACAUUGUGAAUUGAAUCUUUUAUUUUGCCAAUAAUCAGUACGAGAAUUAGAUAUGAUGAAGUUUUCGUUUCAGCACAGGGCAUUUUACUGCUAUCUUGGUAUGAGUAUUUGGAUAUGUUUUCUUAUAACUGUAGUUUACAAAUACAUGUCUGUAGCUGAAGACACGGUCGCGUUGAAAGUUACUCAUAACCAGUAUGUGUCCAAGACUGAUUCAAAAUAUAGGAAGCUCUUCAUGCGGGCCUGCAAUCCCCCUGAUAGUAUAGUCAGGGGAUCUGAAGCUGCAGUAGACUCAGACAACUGGCUGUUACAAGGCAUCUUAGUUAUCACGAGGCACGGAGAUCGCGGACCAUUGACACAUCUGAAGGGCGGGGAUAAGCUGCCCUGCGAUGUCGUUCCCGUCUCGCCGUUGCUUAAAAGCUAUGAGGAGUUCGUUUUGAACGCCUCAUCAUCAGGUCGCGCGUGGUGGGUGUCAAGCGCUGGGCCGUUUCACAACUUCCCUUCCUUGCCACGAGCCGCGGCCACGCACUGCGCCCUCGGGCAGCUCACACCCACCGGACUGCUUCAGAUGAUCACCGUCGGCAACAUCAUUCGUGAGGCGUACAGUGAGAAAUUGGGUCCAGAAUAUUUAGAUUUAACAGGGAAACACGAGAGAAGUGGCGUAGCGUAUAGCACGCGGUACCGGCGUACGUUCCAGUCCUUGCAGGCGGUCUCUUGGGGCGUGGGCCGGGGCGCCGCCGCCGCCAGGGAAGCGCACAGUGUCGCCUUCUGUUACAGACACUGUGCCUGUCACGCACACCACCUCCUUGACAAAAAAAUAAGCACUGAGGCAAAGAGACGUUUGGAAUCCCAUCCAGCAAUGAAGGAACUGAUCAAGAAAUUAUCGAGAGUAUUGUUCGAAUCACAGGAAUACACGGAUGCGGACGUGGUCAGGGACGCGCUGCUGGCUUACAUGUGCCACGAAGCGCCGCUGCCGUGCUCGGAGAGAACGAAGAGAAAUAAGAAAAAACUAUCGCUCAAUAAAGGGAAAAGAAAGUAUAGAUCGGAGACAAUCCCGCAAAGAAAUCUCUUAGACAUAGACAUAGACGCGUUGAACUUAGAGCUAGACUAUAUCAAUAACCGACUGGACUUCAAUAACGAAAUAGGAAGAAAGGCCAGAGACAUCAUAGGGAAGUACGACAAAAAGACGCCCUUGGAUUUCGACGCCCAGAUGGAGAGGGAGAAGCUUUUAUACUACCAGCAAAGGUACCUGGACAACGCCGAAUCCUACGACGACGUUGUUGUCGUCAAGAAAAAUCUCGACGCGGAUUUUAACUUCCCAAACGAAGCCCGUGAAGAUUUCGAUGAAGAUUACAAGGAACCGACGCCGGAUGCUGAGGAUUUUUGCAUAAAAAAGGAGCACAUUAUAUCCGUUUUCGCCUAUCUGGAGUGGAGCUACCGUCAGGACGUCAAGAACGCGCACAACAGAAGACGCGGGCUCUUGAUAGCUUACGGCCUCAUACACAACGUCGUACAAAACAUGAUAAGAAUUAUAUCUGAGAACAAACCCAAAUUCGUCCUGUACUCCGGCCACGACAAGACCUUGCAGGCGUUAGUAUUGGCGCUGGGACUCAAGAGCUACCAGCAUUACAACAUACAGUACGCAUCGAGAGUCAUCUUCGAGGUCUACAGGAAGAAGGAUUUACGCGACGAAUUCAAAUUUAUGAAACGGAAAGCGGUCGCUCAGGACUUCUACUUCCGGGUGGUCUACAACGGGGAGGACGUGACGGACAAGCUUAGCUUUUGCGCGAACACGCAGCUCGUGACUAUGAAGGUGGUGGACCCGAUCGACGACGUCAAAGCCUACAACACACACCUCUGCCCGAUAGAAAAUAUCGUCAGAUUCAUUCACGACGAUUACUUCUCAAGUUUCAACGUGAGUAAUUACAAAGACGCCUGCGCCACCUACGGCGGCUCUAAGACUGUUUAUUGACUUUAAUUUACACACCAUACAGUAUUUUUUUAUUUUAUUUUUUGCACCAAUGCCAAGACCGGCGUGUGUGAGGCCUGUCGACUGUACCCAUUUGCAGUAUUAUCUAUUUAUAGCAAAAUUAUACCGAACACUUAAAUUAAUUUCGAAUAAAAGUUCGGAAAACUGAGAAGUGGGUUCUAUAGAGCUUGAAAUUAAAAAAAAAUAUCAUAACUAAACUGAGAUUAUAGGAAUAUUGAGACAGUAUUGGUAUUUGUAAAAUCUGAGGUCAUUUAUAUCAACGAACGCGGGUUAUAAUGUGACAAUACUAUUAUGUGUUGUUACAAGGGUCCAGGCCCACAAAAAAUCAAUUAGGUAAUGUUUCUCCCCACCAGACCAAGUUCCUACUGAAUCUUUCUUAAUAUAAAUUUGUUUGUAUGUCUCAUGUCGCUAAUAAUUUUAAAACUGUGUAAAACUCGGUCUGUGCGUGACACAAGCCAGUCUGUGUGGCGAGACUUAGACUUUACAGCUAUUUGGGAAAAUAUAUGAAGAAUGGUCACUUUAAUUUCGCAUUUGCUUUUAAAAAGAAAUUAUAUAUAUAUAUAUAUAUAUAUAUAUGUCAAGCUCUGCUGAAAAUCUCUCAAUGACAAAUUGGCUUAUGACCACAGUCAGAAUAUAUUUUUUUACGUACAACACAGGUCGAGGCAUAUGGUGAAGCGGUUUAGUUAAAUUUACUUAUACUUAUAUCCCCACAACUAGUUUUCUAAUAAAUUAAUUUAUUAAAUUAAUUAAUAAUUUAUUUUGAUAUAACAUUUUUGUAUGUACUUAACAUUGACUGGUAUUAUAACUAUUUAAGUUCUUAAAUAACUUUAAAUUAAUUAAUUUAUAUUUUAUUGUAGUUUUCGAAAAAUAUUUUUGUAAAAAUUUGCCAGAUCUCACUAUUUAUUUAAGUUAUUAUCUGAAUGAAUAUUAUUCAUUCGUGCAUUUGAUAUAUUUUUUUAAAUACAUUGGAAGUACCAGAAGAUCUGUUCUUCAGACAAUAAAAUUACUAAAAUAAGUCCAACGAAACGAGAUAAAUUUUGUAAAUAACACGAAAUCUCUUGAGUUAUAGUAAGUACUCCGUCCCAUUUGUUUAUCUACCCUCUUUAGUCACAUCACAAACAGCUGACGCUAUAAUUAAAUUUUAUUUACAUAUAGUUCCAACAAGUUCAAAAAAUUUGUUUACAUUUAUUAUCUUGUUACGUUGGCCUUGAUAUAUAUUAUAAAAAUAUAUAUCUGCUAGUAGGUAUUAUUAAACUUUUUUUCUUAAACGUUUUCUUAAGUAAUAACUUAUUAAUUAUUUUUAAGCUCAGUUUUUACAGUUCAGAAAUUUUAUAUCCGUAUAAAACAUUCUGAUAUAAUGUUAAUUCUCACAACUAAAAUUAAUCGUGCAGUGCGGCGUAAAUUUUUUUCUAUUAUUAAAAAUAUUAUAUAAGUGUAUGUACAUUUGUAUGUGUAGUAUAUCUUGAGAAGACUGCACUAUACAUUUUAUCCGAUAUUAUUACUAAAAAAAGGAAUUCCUUAAAUCCGCGAAGCGCACAAGAAUUAAGAUUUUUUGUCUCUUAGCGUUUUAUAUAUUUUAAAAUGAUGAGAAAAUUCAAAUAUAUCGACGAAUUGUUUGACACUUGUGUCAAACAGAAUUGCCACCAAAGAAAAAAUACGUCAUUAGGGUUGUCAUCUCGAGAUUUUGGUUGAAUGAUGCAAAACUUAGUCCUUUUUUCUCUUUUCCGUUUCUAAACUAUGAAAACCAAAAACGUCCUAUAACUUAAUAAUGACAACCCUAAGGAAUUUAAAAAUUUUGAAAGCUAUUACGGUCUAUUUAAAUUAAUGCCCACACACAUAUAAUUUUGAUUUAAUUUUAAUGGAAUAGACAUAUCAUAAGGUACAUAGUAAUAAAAUUGUUGACCCUC